AUGGCCCUGUCAAACGCCGAAUACACCAACGAACAGCUGAACUACUUCAGAGUUUGCUAUGUAACUUCCGAUAUAAUAGUCGCGAGUCUUAGAGAAAUUUUUAAACAAGAAUGGGAUAACCAGUACAGAUCAACCAAAGGUGAAUGGAAAGAUGAGCCUCAGAAUGGAAUAGUCUUUUACAAUGGGGAGUCUCCACCAAACCAGAGAAGAAAUGCUCGUCUCUUGUCCACCAUGAAAAAAGGCAACCGAAAGGAAUGGGACUGUACAAUGCUGUUCUACGCCAUCCUUUUCUCCGAUUCUGUCGGACGGGGCCUUGGCGCAACAGUCAGAAACAGUGUGGACGAUCUCAGGACUUUUAGGAACGAAGUGUUUGGUCACAUACGACAAGGCAGCCUCUCUGAGGUCGAUUUUCAGAAUGCCAUUAGCAAAGUUGAAUGUGCUUUUCAAGUGCUUGGUCUCCCUAUUGUAAAAAUUCAAAACGUGAGACAUCAGAAAACUUUUCCAACGGAGGAGUUGCAGCAAAUCCUUAAGAAAGUUAAAGAAAAAGAAGAUCAGCGCCAGGUCCUUGAAGACCAGCUCCAGAGAGAAGCACCUUCAUUCUGUAUUCUCCCUCCUAAACCCUCCCACGAUAUCGAAGGACGAGAUCGCGAGGUGGCGAAAAUAGAGCAACAGCUGAAAGAGCUAAAAGAGUCCAGUGACAAUAGGCUGAGUUAUCUAUACAUCUCAGGGAAUCCAGGAAGUGGAAAAUCACAGCUGGCUGGCCUCGUGGCAAAGAGAUUCUUUCACGAAGCCAGAGAAAUGUCAGGGGCUUGUCCAUUCGUGAUGACCUUAAACGCCGCAAGUCCAGAUUCCCUUUUGGAGUCAUAUGCUUCCUUUGCUCGCCAAGUAAAGUGCCCGGACUAUUCAGUUAUACAAACUCUUAGCUCCAAAGAUGGGAAAAUCAAGGACAAGAUCGCACAUCUCAAGAUGCUUAUUUCUGCAAAAACUAACUGUUAUACGUCCUGGCUACUUGUGGUUGACAAUGUCUCUACGUUGUCCUCUAUGCAAGUCUUCUUACCAGAGUCUGGAAACGAGGCGUGGGCAAGAGGUCAGUUAUUGAUUACAACCCAGGAUACAGCGUCAAUUCCCUUAGAGAGUUCUUCCAUCAAACACAUCUCAGUAAGCAGAGGUAUGGAGCCUGAUGAUGCCAGUUCCUUAUUGGCUAGGAUUUCUGGACUCACCGACAGCGAGCUAGCAGGAAAAGUAGCCAAAAGACUCGACUAUCAACCUCUUGCUCUAGCAGGCGCUGCCGUUUUCGUUAAGGAGAUAUGGCAGGACGAAGCCUCUAGACAUUUUGGCUGGAACGAAUACCUGAAGAUUUUAGAAAAAGGCAAACGAGAAACGACGGAGGAUACACUUGCUAAUACCAAUCCAGUUUACCCAAACACUAUGACCAAAGCAAUAACAUUAGCCGUAGAAAAGCUUAUUAGUUCCGACAAAUUUGUCAAACACCUUUUCACUUUACUUUCCGUUUGUGCGCCGCAGCCAUUAAACGUGGAAAUAGCAGUCAGUUACAUCAUGAAUGUAGACGGAAAUUUUGAUGAAGUGGACAAGAACCGUAUUCGAAUGAGCCUCAGAAGGUGUUCACUUUUGCUGUUUGAAGGGAAUUUCAUUCGCGUACAUGAGAUUGUGCACGCAGCUAUCAAAACUCUAAUAAAAGGUCAUGAAGAAAGUCAAGGCCUCGUCGAGGCCGUCAAUGCGGCUGUUACAUCAUUCAACAAGUUUAUACUUGAUAUCUCACCAGAGAAUAGAACAUUGGAAACCAUACACAUUGUUCAGCAUUUGAGAGCUUUAAUUAUGGUCAUUGACAGUUUGUCUUUCAAGGAGAGUUUGUCUAAAGUUCACGAUGUCAGUAUGUUAGAAAAAUUUAAAAACCUUGGAGAAGUUUGUAACGCACAUUUUGAAUUCAACGCGGCAAAAACAUACUUUGAACACGCACUUACGAUUGAGCUAAGACAGCUCGGCCCCGAACAUGUUGAUGUUGCAACGACCUACAGCUAUUUGGCGUCAACUCACCAAGGCUUGGGGGACUUUGAGCAAGCCAAAGAAUAUCAGCAAAGUGCGCUUACUAUACAGCUUAAGAAACUUGGCGCUGAACAUGUCCAUGUAGCAGCGAGCUACAAUAACUUAGCUUUAAUUAACCGGGUCUUGGGUGACCUUGAGCAAGCCAAGGAGUAUGGGCAACGAGCUCUUGCUAUUGACCUCGAGGAACUUGGCGCGGACCAUGUUCGAGUCGCCAUGAGCUACAGUACCUUAGCUUCGAUUCACGAGGACUUGGGUGAUCUUGAAGAAGCCAAGGAGUAUGGCGAACGUGCGUUAACUAUUCAGCUCGAUAAACUUGGGGCGGAACAUGUUGACGUUGCAACGAGCUACAGUACCUUAGCUUCGAUUCACCGAAACUUAGCUGACUUCGAGAAAGCCAAGGUGUGUGGACAACGUGCACUUGAUAUCCAGCUCGAUAAACUUGGCGCGGAACAUGGUGAUGUAGCCACAAGCUACAAUAACUUAGCUUUAAUCCUCAUGCACUUGGGUGACCUGGAGCAAGCCAAGGAGUAUCAGAAACUUGCUGUAACUAUUGAACUCAAGAAACUUGGAGAGGAACAUGUCUAUGUAGCAACUACCUACAGUAACCUAGCUUUAAUUCUUAGGGACCUUGGUGAGCUUGAACAGGCCAAGGAGUUUGGGCAACGUGCUCUAGAAAUUCAACUGGGGCAGCUUGGCACGGAACAAAUUAAUAUUGCAAGCAGCUACAAUACUUUAGCCACAAUUCAUCGGAACUUAGGUGAACUGGAUCAAGCCCGGGAAUAUGGGCAGCGUGCCCUUGCUAUUCAGCUCCAAAAACUUGGUCCGGGCCAUGUUUAUGUUGCAGAGACCUACAGUUACUUGGCUUCAAUUCACCAGGACCUGGGUGAACUUGAACAAGCUAAGGAAUAUGGGCAGCUUGCUCUUGCUAUUCAGCUAGAGAAGCGAGGCACGGAUCAUGUUUAUGUUGCCGCCAUCUACAGUCGAUUAGCGUCUAUUCACCAGGACUUAGGAGACCUUGAACAAGCCAAGAGAUAUUGGCAAUGUGCUCUAACUAUUACGCUCGAGAAACGUGGUGCGGAACACGUGGAUGUUGCAACGAGCUACACUAACUUAGCAUUGAUUCACAAAGACUUAGGUGAACUUGAGAAAGCCAAAGAGUAUCAGAAACGUGCCCUGACUAUUCUUCUUGAGAAACUUGGCGAGGAACAUGUUGACGUGGCAGCUGGCUUCAAUGACUUUGCUUUAAUUCUAAAGGACUUAGGUGAUCUUGAGGGAGCAAAGGAGUAUGGGCAACGCGCUUUAACUAUUCGUGUUAAGGAGCUUGGCACCGAACAUCUUGAUGUUGCCAUGAACUACAAUGACUUAGCUUUAAUUCACAAGGACUUAGGUAAUCUUGAGCAAGCCAAGGAAUAUGUCCAACGUGCUGUUACAAUUCAACUAGACAAACUUGGCGCGAAUCAUGUUCAUGUUGCAUCGAGUUACUUAAUCUUAGCUUCAAUACAUAUGGACUUAGGUGAUCCUGAGCAAGGAAAAGAAUAUGAGCAGCGUGCUCAUGCUAUUCAGCCUGAGGAUAUCGGUGUGGAACUCGUUGAUGUUGCAACAAGCUACGAAGAAGAAACUUGGUGCGGAAGAUGUUCAUGUUGUGUAUGUUAA